UUCAAGUGUAGACAUUGUCGUGUACGUGAAACCAAAUUUUAUUUUUACACACAUUAAAACUAUGGACGGAAAACAAGGUGGAAAUACACUUCGCAAAACAACUGGCUCCCUGAACUUAUCGAGCCAACACAAAAAGCGAUUCUACGGAAUUUCCCCACAGAACGGGAUACGUUUCGAAGCAAGAGAAUGGAACUAUAUGACCCUCUUUAAAAAUUCGAGUGCACCUCAGGAGCUUGAGAGUCAGUCCCUUGGGGAAAACCCCGGUAAAUCUGAGCGGGAGAAAUGCAGUUCCGUUCGCUCUCCCAGUGCCCGUGAGAGGGAGUCCAGGAGCAAGAAGGAAAGAAAGUCAUCCAAGUCCAUCAAGAAGAGACCCAGCCCUGUGCUGAAGAUCCUCGACCCACAUCGUCUGGGCUCCGCCGUAGCCUAUAUGCAUUUCAUGCGCAAGUUUCAGAGGAAGAACAACAAUUUGAAGGCGAAUGAUCUACUAAACAAGGGAACUCGUCUUUGGUGCCGUCUGCAUGGAAACCAGCGCCAACAAUUUGAGAGGCCGCCUUGGGUUGUGAGGACUGGAUAGGAACACUAUUCAAUUUUAGACGUAUUAAUGUAUGUAAAUUUGAAGCGAAAAAUGUCUUGUAAAUCUUACACUUCACUAUUCAAUUACAUACAAGAUAUUUACAAAACACGAAGAUUAAACGGCAACAUAAACGGAUUAGCGUAUAAA